AUGCGCGCGCACCCAACCGCCAGGAACAUUCAGCCGCGCGUCGCUUUGCCACCGAUCCACCUCGCUCCGCGCGACGCUCCGCCUUCUCUCCACCUCGCUCGCGCGCCGCUCCGCCUCCACGCCGCCAUCAUUCCUCCCCGCCGCCACUCGAGCUCCGGCUACCGCGGUGUCCGCACGCGUCCGAACGGGACGUUCUACACCGAGAUCCGUAGCGGCGAGGAGCGCAUCGAGCUCGGGACGUUCGAGACGGUGCACGAGACGGCGUGCGCAUACGACGCGGUCGCCUGGCGCCUCGGCCGCUCUCGACGGUCCAUGAACUUCGACGAGACGCGACAGCAGGAGGAAGCCCUCGCGCCGCCGCCAGCCGUCACGUGCGAGGUGAGGCAGCGCCAUCGCGAGCUCGAGCAGCGCCUCGUCGUCGCCGAGCGGGACGAGCACAUGCGCCUCGAGUGGGCGCAGCGCUUCCCAGAGGACGUGGCCGUGGAGGUCGCCUUCUGCGCCGAGAAGGAAGAGGCGAAGGUGGCGCAGAAGGCGGUGAAGAAGCGUGACCGAGAGCCUGCGACCCUCUGA